GACGAAUAAUACCAACUUUACUAUCUUCAAUUGAAGAGCAGUAAACAAAUAUUAGUCACAUUUAUUUUAAUUUUUUAUCUGUCUUUGAAAAAUGGGACUCUUAACAAUAUUAAAGAAAAUGAAACAGAAAGAGAAGGAAGUUCGCAUUCUUAUGUUAGGUUUAGAUAAUGCAGGGAAAACAACAAUAUUAAAGAAGUUUAAUGGUGAAGAUAUAGAUACCAUAUCACCUACACUAGGAUUCAAUAUCAAGACAUUAGAGCAUAGAGGGUUUAAAUUGAAUGUAUGGGAUGUCGGAGGUCAGAAGUCACUGAGGUCAUACUGGAGGAACUAUUUUGAGAGUACAGAUGGAUUGAUCUGGGUCGUUGACAGUGCUGAUAGGAUGAGGUUACAGGACUGUAAAAAAGAACUUAACAAUCUUCUUGUAGAGGAGAGGUUAGCAGGAGCCACCUUACUUGUGUUCGCAAACAAACAAGAUCUACCAGGAGCUUUAUCAUCAUCAGAUAUUAGAAAAGGUUUAAAUCUGGAUGAAAUUACCACACACCAUUGGUUAAUACAGGGCUGCAGUGCAGUGACGGGCGAGAAUCUACUAGAAGGAAUUGACUGGGUCGUAGAUGAUAUAGCAUCAAGAAUAUUUACGAUGGACUGAUGUUUAUUUACAUUUUUAGGAUUUUAUUUUAUCGACUUUCUGUGAUAAACCAGUACAUUAAUGUUGAACAAAGAUGAAAGGAGUGAAAAAUUGUUGAGAGAUUGAUAUCUGCCACUGUGGGAAAUUAAUCAUUAAUUUGAGCACAUUAUGUUGGUGCCAUAUAUGAACAUAUUAUUUUUUUUCGUGAUUGUGAUGAAAAUUAAGAGUUUAUUUGAAAUAGCCAGUAUAUGAUGCUAUAUAAAGGAAACAGAGCCAUUGUCCAAGUAGGACUCAAGCCAAAGACUGAGUCUAGAGGUAGACAUUCAGUUCAUUAGGUUAGUCUGUCCCCUUAAUGCUUAACAAUGUUCCGUUAAAAUGCGCUUGAUAAUCAUUGUGUCUUGAAACUAGAGCACAUUGGAAUUACAUGUGCUCAAAAUAUUAAUGUUGCCUAAGUUUUACAUAUUUACAAUACAGUUGAUAAUAGUAUUCCUAGUAGUGAAUGGUUGAAGGAACAGUAUUGUUGUCCUCUACCAAUAUAAUUUCUUUUUCAAAUGGUAGACCUUUCAGAACCAUUGUAAAUUGCAUAUAAUAAACAGUUUUUAUCACAUAAGCCAUGACACAGAAGUCUAAUAAGUCCAUUUAAUAAAAACGAUAUUACUGUAACGUCAUUGCGUUAUGUACAAACAUAUCUGGGAUAUACGAUAACUUAUCGUAUGUCCCGGAACAUAUAUAGCAUUCAAGUGCACUUAUGUUAACACAACACUGAAAAUGACUAUUUCAGCUGAAAACCUUUGUUAUUUUAUGAUUUUAUUAAACUCUUUCAAUAAGUUUUGUAUUAAAUGAACACUGUAUAUUCAGAUUUAAUUGCCAUUGCAAUGAUUUCUUCAUUUAUUUUGGCAUUUAGCUUUGAAUAAUUAGCCUACUGAAUUUGUAAUAAUUGAUAUGAGCCGUGUCACGACAAAACCAACAAAGUGCGUGUGCGACCAGCAUGGAUCCAGACCAGCCUGCGCAUCCACGCAGUCUGAUCAGGAUCCAUGCUGUUCGCUUACCAACCCUAUAACAAGUAGAGAAACUGAUAGCGAACAGCAUGGAUCCUGAUCAGACUGCGCGGAUGCGCAGGCUGGUCUGGAUCCAUGCUGGUCGCAAACCCACUAUGUUGGUUUUGUCAUGACACGGCUCAUAUGUGAUGAUAGAUGAGUGUAUAACAGGUUUUUCUAUCUGAAUUAAUAUUAUCGGUAAAACUUUAUAUGAUUCAGGAUUUAAAAGUAUUCAGGGUGAUGCAGCAAUGGGGGCUAUUUUGUUUCAGUCUGGAAAAGUACAUUCUUUUAAAAGUUAUUUAAAAAAAAAACAGAAUACCCUAUGUUUUGUUUAUGAUACAUAUAUUGUAAGUCACAAAAUAUUUACAUUUUUAUGCGGCUUUUCAGUGUCGAAAUGUACCAUUUUUAGUGAUUAUUAUUCAAUCGAAAGCAGCAAAUUUUUGCAAAACAGCUACGUUAUCUUACAUCAUAUAAAAGAUCUGAAAUUGUGUUUUUAAUAGAUGUUAAAUUUCGAAAACAGAAGAGGCAGGAAUUUAGGAUGACUUUGACACAAUUAGUCCAUAUACAUGUAUACAAAUUACCACUUGUUAAAGAAAUAAAUUGAUCUAUUACAAAUUUUGAUUGUAGAAAAGGAAAAUUGUUGAAUUUUUCUUUUAUCAAUUGUAAUUACUAUUUGAUGUAUUUGUACAUGUUAUUCAUUAUAAAUAGUAAUAAAAAAGAUAGUGGAAAGUAA